AUGCAAGGGUCUCUUCUCCAGUUUCUCUCUGAGGGAGCAGAAUCAUCAGAGACACGCACCUGCACCCCCGUGAAUCACCGCUAUUGUUAUCCCGAAGACAAAACCAUGGUUCUCUGGUUCCCCCUGGUGGCCGUGCUGCACUUCUGCACAAUGGCGUUGUGCGGCUGUGAACCUCGGAUUGUGAACAUCGGAGCAGUGCUGAGUCAGAAGCGUUACGAGCAGGUGUUUAAAGAGGCCGUAAGCCAAGCCAACACUCUGUACGGCAAAGACAAGUUUAAGAUGAACGCCAUCUCCGUCACACAUAAACCCAACGCAAUCCAGAUGGCCCUCUCGGUGUGUGAAGACCUCAUCUCCAACCAGGUUUAUGCGAUCCUAGUGAGCCACCCUCCUCAGUCCAGUGACCACCUGACGCCCACCCCAGUCUCCUACACUGCAGGCUUCUACCGCAUCCCAGUGGUGGGACUGACCACACGCAUGUCCAUCUACUCAGACAAGAGCAUCCACCUGUCGUUCCUCCGCACCGUGCCUCCGUUCUCCCACCAGGCCCUGGUCUGGUUUGACCUGAUGAGGGAGUUCAGGUGGAACCACAUCAUUCUGAUCGUGAGCGACGACCACGAAGGGCGGGCAGCGCAGAAGAGGCUGGAGACGCUUCUGGAGGAGCGCGAGACCAAGACUAAAAACAGGAACUUUGAGCAAAUGGACCUACAGCACUUUGACUUCAGGAGGACCCCCAAGGCAGAGAAGGUGCUGCUCUUCAGCCCGGACACCAACCUGACGUCAUUGCUGCUGGAAGCCAAAGAUCUUGAGGCCAGAGUCAUCAUCCUGUCUGCCAGUGAGGACGAAGCCGCGGCGGUGUACAAGGCAGCGCGGCAUCUGAACAUGACGGGAGCAGGAUACGUGUGGCUGGUGGGAGAAAGAGAGAUGACAGGGAAGGCCCUACAGGAGGCGCCAGACGGCCUGCUGGGACUGCAGCUGAUCAACGGGAAGAACGAGUCGGCGCACAUCUCGGACGCCGUGGGAGUCGUGGCCCAGUCGCUGCAGGAGCUGUUCGAGAAGGAGAACAUCACAGAGCCCCCCAGAGGAUGUGUGGGUAACACCAACAUCUGGAGGACCGGGCCGUUGUUCAAGAGAGUGCUGAUGUCGUCCAAAUACCCUGACGGUUUGACAGGACGAAUCGAAUUUAAUGAUGAUGGUGACAGACGCUUUGCCACCUACAGCGUCCUCAACUACCAACAGAAACCCGGCAGACUGGUGCAAGUCGGUGUCUUCAAUGGGACCCAGGUGGUGAUGAACCCUCAGAGGAAGAUCAUCUGGCCCGGAGGAGAGACAGAGAAACCACUAGGAUACCAGAUGUCAACGCGGCUAAAGAUAGUGACAAUCCAUCAGGAGCCGUUUGUUUACGUCAAACCCACAAAGACGGACGGGACGUGUAAAGAGGAAUACACCGUCAACGGAGUCCUCAUCAAGAAGGUCAUCUGUACAGGGCCCAAUGGAACUAUUCCAGGCCAGCCGACCGUGCCUCAGUGCUGCUACGGCUUCUGCAUCGACCUGCUCAUAAAGCUGGCCAUGAGCAUGAACUUCACCUAUGAGGUUCACCUGGUGGCCGAUGGAAAGUUUGGGACACAGGAGCGAGUGAAUAACAGUAAUAAGAAGGAGUGGAACGGCAUGAUGGGAGAGCUGCUCGGGGGGCUGGCAGACAUGAUUGUGGCUCCUUUAACCAUCAACAACGAGAGAGCGCAGUACAUAGAGUUUUCUAAGCCUUUCAAGUACCAGGGACUCACCAUCCUCGUCAAGAAGGAAAUCCCCCGCAGUACGCUGGACUCAUUCAUGCAGCCGUUCCAGAGCACACUGUGGCUCUUAGUGGGGCUAUCGGUUCACGUGGUGGCAGUGAUGCUUUACCUACUAGACCGAUUCAGCCCGUUUGGAAGGUUUAAAGUGAACAGCGAGGAAGAAGAAGAGGACGCUCUGACGCUGUCCUCAGCCAUGUGGUUUUCCUGGGGAGUACUUCUGAACUCCGGUAUUGGAGAAGGAGCGCCGCGAAGUUUCUCGGCGCGUAUCCUGGGAAUGGUGUGGGCAGGCUUCGCUAUGAUUAUCGUAGCCUCAUACACUGCUAACCUCGCUGCCUUCCUGGUGCUGGACCGGCCUGAGGAGCGCAUCACUGGCAUCAACGACCCCAGGCUGAGAAACCCCUCGGACAAAUUCAUCUACGCCACAGUGAAGCAGAGCUCAGUGGACAUUUACUUCAGACGCCAAGUGGAGCUGAGCACAAUGUACCGACAUAUGGAGAAGCACAACUACGAGAGCGCCGCAGAGGCCAUACAGGCUGUGCGCGACAAUAAGCUCCACGCGUUCAUCUGGGACAGUGCGGUGCUGGAGUUUGAGGCGUCGCAGAAAUGCGAUCUGGUGACCACCGGGGAGCUGUUCUUCAGAUCUGGAUUUGGCAUUGGGAUGAGGAAGGACAGUCCUUGGAAGCAGAACGUAUCUCUGGCCAUUCUCAGUUCCCAUGAGAACGGUUUCAUGGAGGACCUGGAUAAGACCUGGGUCCGAUAUCAGGAGUGUGACUCACGAAGCAACGCCCCUGCUACGCUCACCUUCGAGAACAUGGCAGGGGUCUUCAUGCUGGUGGCUGGAGGGAUCGUGGCCGGGAUCUUCCUAAUCUUCAUUGAAAUUGCGUACAAACGUCACAAAGACGCUCGAAGGAAACAGAUGCAGCUUGCCUUUGCUGCUGUCAACGUGUGGAGGAAGAACCUACAGCCGUACCCCACCGACAUCACCGGUCAGCUGAACCUAUCCGAUCCCUCCGUCAGCACCGUGGUCUGA